CACGUCCCCACUGCAGCGCCGUUCGCGCUUUGAAACGCUGUCUCGAGCUUGAUUGGCAACGUUAACACGGAUUCUUGUUCCACUCCCAAAAGAGGCUGACUACCCCGAUUGUUCUGAGCUGGAACCCUGAGGUCGCCCACAUUCAUCGCCUACUAGCUGUAUUAAUUGAACGCGCCAGUUGUUCCAACCAGACUCCUGGCAGUUUCAGUUAUCUGGCUGGUAAAUUCUUGACGUGUGUGGGCCAAGGACUCAAACUAUCAUGGUCGUCCAGACGGAGAAGCGUCUUCUAUGGCAUCCUCGCCAUGAGAACAGGUUCGUCGUUGGCGGCGGUUCCCAAGUGACGCUCUAUGAGUGGGAUUCGACACUUUUCCAGAUCAAGCAAGUAACGUCUCAACUUGAUUUGAACCACAUGAAGUGCUUCGCAUGGUCGCCCGACCCUACCUUUGACGACCUUGUGGCUAUUGGAAUGGGCUCAGGAAAGGUGGACUUGAUGCGCUUGGAGGCAACUAGAUACUCCAAAGACCAUAUCUAUUCCAGCGGUCGCAUUGAAUCUCUUCCCGCGCGUAGUUCCCGAUCCUGUAACGCUCUCGCAUUCUCCGCCGCAGACCCAAAUUACCUCGCGGUAGGACUAGACAAAGUCAGAAAUGACUCCAGUCUGGUGAUUUGGGAUCUCCACACGGUUACACCCCUCCUGUCGCUCGACUCUUCAGUCGAAGCUCAAGCUACAUCUACUUCGCGCAUUGAUCCACACACAAUGAACCCUCGAGCAGAUAUUUCCUCACGUGCGGAUCAGCGUAUGAUACAGAUGCAAGCAUAUCAGGACACGGUUACUUCAAUCGUGUUCCUUCCGUCGUCGCCAACGCAGUUGCUCGCUGGUAUGUCUCACCGGUGGCUCAAACUGUUCGAUAUGCGUGCUCCGCAGAGCUCACCAAAAACCAUUGCGACUAAGGUGAACGGCAUUGUCACCGAUCCACUUGACCCGUAUCGAAUAGCUUGCUUCGAGGAGGGCACUGUCACUGUUUGGGAUACGCGCAAACUUGAAGGAGGGCUUCUGACAUUCACUGGAAGAGAUGCCGGCGCAGAUGGAGCACGUCCGCGGGCAGGUGCCACGUUCACUACUGUAGAAUUCUCGAGCAUCCGAAGAGGAACCAUUGCAACACUAGAGAAAGAGGCGUCCCAUGUCAGGUUCUGGGAUUUGCAGGAGGCUGAAGUACGGGAGUCGAUCUCCGCGGAAAGAACACGUUCCAGAGACUCCUCCCAGUCCGGUAAAGUGACGCGCUCCUGGCCGAAUGCUUCUAGCAUUCUGCCCUGGGGUGGAUCAGUCGCGAGCACUAGUCAUUUGUCAACGUCAAACCAAGCAGUAGCCAGCACCUCCCAUCAAAUUGUGCUGUCAGACACCCGAAAAACUAAAGACUUCAAUAAACCCCUUUCCUCCUUUGCUCUCGUGCCUAGUGCCGAAAUGCAUCCCCUCACCUCAGAAGUUAUGGUCGUGAACAAGGAGGGCGACCUGGAAUUGUACGCCGUGCAUGAUACUCCGAAGCUGACCCCGUGGAGUACACGAGGUGACUUGAUUAUCGGCUUGGGAUGCUCGUAUCGCGUGCUCCCUGGCUUCACCGAACAAAAAACCCCACCGGAACCGUGGGAUAUCUCCAUUCUCCUACCCACUGCUGUGCCAGUUUCUAAGAUGCCAUCAGUCAGUAGACAAGGCGUAAAGGAGAAAGAGGGCGCUAUCACGAGGGACCGGGCUGGCGAAGAGGUCCAUAGCCCUCCAUCGCUAUUUGGUCGAGGAGACGAGGACGGAUUCCCUGCACUUUCGGCACUGCCACUGAAAGUAGCAACAAACCUAGCGGCAACGCGGCCGGGUAGCUCGAGGGGUCGAGUCCGAACGUUCAGUCCUGCGGCGUUGAGAAACUUACAUUUCGAACAUUCGUCUUCCCCACAGAAGAGCCGGGUGAAUGAGCCCAUCGAGCCUGAUUCGCAUGAGCCAAGAGCAGUUGACGCGUUGUCGAUCAAUGGCGGACGCAUACGACGCAAGGCAAGUGGGAUGGACCAUGCCAACAAGACACCCAAACUACCCGUCCCGGGAUUCGCGAUGCAGCACAUCGUGGGAGAAGAUAUUUCAAUGGUCAUGCGAAGAAGAGUUGUGCAAGGAUACGGGAUAACUAGCCCAUUACACAACGCAAUUGUUGCUCGAGAAAUAUCACCUGAUGACAUAGCAUUAUCAGAACUCUGGCGAUGGAUCCAUCAUUCUCAACAAAUCCUCUCUGAUCCGACUCCCUACCUAGAAGGAUACAAUUUCGCUUACCAAGGACUCUCUGGAAUUUGGGAGUCUUUCCACUCAUCACAGCUUCAGGCAUCUACCUCGACUCACACAACUCCCCGCGUAGUCAGACGGCAUAUCUUGCCCAACACUCCCGUUCACUCGCUGUCCCCCUUGCCACUUGAGAGCCUUACUCGAACGAUGUCAAGGCAUAGCAGCCGGCGGCGUCACGGUCAAGCUGCAAAUGCGGGAUUACCGGAUGACUUCUUGCUCGCGAUUAUCGCGUUAAACGAAAGGAACGGGAUAGGCAUCGGGGAUUGGAAGCCGGUGGCAAAUACGGCGAAGUUGGCACAAAGACAGCUUGCACUGAAAGUGUGCGGGUGGAGUUUGGCUGAAGAGGACUUGGCGUCUGCGAUCAAAAGGUGGGAGAAGGAGAACAAGCAUUCGCAAGCCGCUUGCUGGUUGGUUUUCACAGAUCACUUUAAGCGUGCGGUGGAGGUGCUUAUGCGAAGUGAUGACGAGUCAUUGCAUAUGAUGUCCGGCAUGUUGGCCGCUUUGAUACCCUCGACCUCGGGGCAUGCGCACAAGAAUCUUGAUUUCAUCGAGCACUGCGAACGGCUUGUCGUGCGAUUACAAGAUCCUUAUCUCCGGGCGAUGCUCACUUAUCUUACGAUACAAGACUGGACAGAAGUAUUGCAAGAAGAUGCGCUUCCACUGCGCGAGCGUCUCGCGAUAGCCUUUCAGUUUCUCGAGGACAAGGAGCUCACCUCUUACCUCCGCCGCGUCACAGACCGAUGUAGCCACGACGGGGACAUCGAAGGGCUGAUAGUCACGGGCCUGACAUCGGCUGGGCUGGACAUCCUACAAACGUAUGUCGACCUUUCCGGGGACGUGCAGACUGCGUCGAUACUCGCGUCUUUGACUCAUUACGGAGCACACGACAAACGUGUCGAACGAUGGCUGGAUGCAUACCGGGACUUGCUGGACGGAUGGAAGCUGUUCCACUACAGAUGCCAAUUCGAUGUCGAGCGCGGGCACAUCUUACAAAAUGCGAUAGACAACAUGGAGCUACUGCAGUUCGAAUGGGCUCCGAAACAGAUCCUGUUACGGUGCAAUUAUUGUGGUAAACCAAUGGACCUAUCAUUUUCGGAAGCCAACAAUCCCCGUGCAACUGCAUGCCCGCAUUGUGGCCGACCUCUGCCGCGAUGCUCUAUUUGUCUAAUGACUUUGGCAAUUUUCCCAGACUCUGCCAGGAAUGCUGCGCUGGCACGUUCGAAUUCGCAAGUCACAGACACCAUUGACGACGCGCUUGUCUUCUGUCAGACAUGUCGACAUGGAGGACAUGCGUCUCAUAUAUUGCAAUGGUUCUACGGGGAAGACAGCCAGCGUAACCAUGAAACUUGCCCCGUUGCAGGUUGUGAUUGUAGAUGUGCAGACGGCUUUUGAUACAUCAUCGCCAAUUGAUUCUCUUCUGCAAUUGUGCUCACAUAUGUUGUAGAUGCGCAUAUAAUCUGGGGAAACACCUGAUGUGGCAGAGAGGGAGUUGAGGCCAAAGCACUGGCAAAACACUCAAUGUAUGAUGCAGGAUCUAUGAAGAACGGAAUUAAGCGAGAAAACAGGAAGAUAAACACAGCAGGAUGCUGGCAGGAACGUGGCCUCAACGUAUAUUGACACAUGGACAUGAACGUGCAUGACAAAUGAUGAAAUGCUAUGGAAGUAGGGAAUGCCGGGAG